AAAAUUUAUAUUUACCAAAAUGUGCAGUGGCCAAACGAAUUUUUACCUUGAAAUCGAUGAAUACAGUAAGAGAGCAAUAAGUAAGUCAAGCAGCACGGGACAGGUUUGGAAAAACACGGAUGGAUAUCUGAACUGGAAAACAACUACUUACAGAGGUUGUUACCGUUUUCAAAACAAAAAAUUCAUGCUUUAUCUGGACAAAGACAAUUGCUCUAAGCCAUGUACUCGAAAUUUUUUUGCCCCAAUCUUUUCUGAAAACUCGCAAUGCAGCAUUAUAUGGUCGAAAUCUACCAUCAUGCGGAGUGAUAUGAUGUGGCAGAAAGUUACGAAUAUGGAAAACAAGAAACCGAUUUUCAUCAACAAAGUUUCAAAAGAUCUUAGAAUGUUAAUGAUCCAAGAAGAAUCAUUUGAAAUCUUCAACAAUUCAUUGUUGAAGUUGGAAAUUUCCUGUAAAAGUAAAACCCACGAGUCCAAAGGAGAGAAUCACUGUUUGCUUCUCAAGUUCAAAAAAUUGGUGGAACAGAAUAGAACAGACAUCACAGUGACAUUACCCACGACAACAACAAAAAUGGCAGACACCACAGUGAUAUUAAAACAUAAAGAAAGUGAAGAAAGUUUAGUGGUCACAAUCGUUAUUACGGUCUUGGUCUCUGUGCUCAUUAUCGUUCUGGUGUUUGUUGUGGCCUACUUUUAUCGAAAAAGCGGUAAGAGCUAG